AUGGCGGACAACACCUUCACUUCUUCGCGCGGUGGCCGUAGCAAAUAUUGUUGUGUCCCUGGUUGCAAAAGUUCCUUUUAUAACAAUCAGGGGGAAAAAACUAAUAUUUCAUUUUUUUCUUUUCCUCUGGAGGCAAAAAGUAGGAAUCGGUGGCUUUUGGCAAUUAAAAGACAAGAAAACAGAGACGGAUUUGUUGUGACGGAAUACACUAAAGUGUGUGAGCAACAUUUUCACCCUGACGAAAUUAAAAAACAGUUCAGUGGCAGGAAAGAUCUGAAAGACAAGACUACUAUUCCUUCCAUUUUCAGCUGGAAUAAAAGUGCGAGCACACCUAAUCGAAAAUUACCAAAAAAGAGAUGUUCUGAGCAAAAUGAAGAAAAUAUUCAGCCUGAAUCAGAACCAUGUUAUUUAAGCUCUAGGUUGCUUAAUGAAGACAAUGCAAGACCGACAGAGGCCUGUGAAAAUUGCGCUUAUUUGAGAAGAGUCGUGGAAAAGUUGGAGGUUAAAUUGUCACUUUUGAUUAAACAAAAAAGUGACGUUGAAAAAGAUUGGAGUGAGCUGAAAGCCAAAAUACAAAAACUGGAAAAAGGAAAGUUUACAUCCAAGAACAUCAGAGAACAAGAAGACGUUUUCAAGUCAUUCACUGGUUUUCAUCCAGUUAAGUUUGACAUUCUUUUUCAAUUUUUAAAUCCUGGUGAGAAUGCUAGUAAUUUGAAAUACUAUGAGCCUUCAAAGAAUGGGUCAGAUGAACCUGAUGAAUGUAAAUUUACUGAAGGAAGUAAGCCUGGUGUGAGCCCUAAAUUGGAUGUGAUUGAACAAUUGUUUAUGUUUUUGGUGUGGUUAAGGUGUGGAUUUGGACAGAAACAUCUGGCGUGGUUAUUUGGACUUGGCAAAUCAACCAUUUCCCGGUACUUGAUCACCUGGUCAAAUUACUUGUACUUCUGUUUGGGAAAUAUUCCCAUAUGGCCUUCUAAAGAUCAGAUUGUUUCAUCCAUGCCAAUGUGUUUUAAGGACACUUAUCCCUCAACAAGAUGUAUCAUUGACUGUACAGAAAUCUUUGUACAAGUGCCUUCUAGCCUAACUACACAGAGUGCCCUUUACUCACACUAUAAGCACCAUGUAACAUACAAAGCUUUAGUGGGCAUCAGUCCUUCUGGAGCUAUAACUUUUGUGAGUCAGUUGUACCCUGGAUCGCUGUCAGAUAAGGAAAUAGUUUCCAGGUGUGGUAUACUACACCCAGAACUUUGGGAGAAAGGGGAUUCAAUUAUGGCAGACAGAGGAUUUACAAUCCAGGAAUUACUUGACCCUCUAGGAGUUAAGUUAAACAUACCUGCAUUUCUUGAUGGCAAAGAGCAGCUUGACAAAGAAGAUGUUGUAUUUAGUCAAACAAUCGCCUCUGUUAGAAUCCAUGUAGAACGUAUUAUUGCUCGCAUUAAGAAAUUUAAAGUCUUAAAGACUGAAAUUCCACUAAAUAUGAAUGGGACCAUAAACCAAAUAUGGACAGUGGCUUGUCUUCUAUGUAACUUUAUGGACCCGCUUAUUAAGCAAUAA